AUGUCAUCAGGCAAUAUAUCAUCAUCAGAAACAUCCGAUGCCAAAUCAUUAAUAUCAAAACAUAAAUAUUUAAUGAUAUCAAAAUCAUGGUGUCCAGAUUGUCAUUACAUAUAUAAUUUAUUUAAAAAACUAAACAUAUUCAACAAGCUAUAUAUUAUAGAAUUAGAUAAAUUUGAAAAUCAAAAACAAGCUCAAUUGUUAGAAGAUGAAUUUAAUUCAAUUAUUGGUAAGAAAUGGGUACCUCAAUUAUACUUUAAUGGAAAAUAUUGGGGAAAUGAAUCUAAUUUUAAAGAAUUAGUAAAAGAUGAUAAAUUAGAUGAAGAAUUGAAAAAAAUAGGAUUAUUGAAUUGA